AACGGUUUUUACCGAUAACUAGUUUGUGUGCCAAAUAAUGAAAACGUGGAAUAAGUCUACUGUAGAAUAGAUUUAAAAACACAGUAAAAAAAUUAGUCGUGAUUUCCACAUAGGAUAGAUAAAGUUAUAUACGUAGACUUGUAACUUGGGAUAUUUUACAUACUCAGUGAUACUAAUUUAUUGUGUUAUUGAUAACUUAUUGUUUUAGUGUUUUAAUUUAUUUAUUUAUUCUCUCAAAAUUGAAGAAAUGGCAUCUACAAUUACACAGAAAGACACUACUCUAACAAAAAUAUUUGUUGGUGGUUUACCGUACCAUACAACGGACAAAUCUUUACGAGAAUUUUUUGAUAAAUUUGGUGAUAUAGAAGAAGCGGUUGUGAUAACAGACAGACAAACAGGGAAGAGCAGAGGCUAUGGCUUUGUAACGAUGUCGAAUAAAGAUGGUGCAGAACGUGCCUGCAAAGAACCAAAUCCGAUCAUAGAUGGCAGGAAAGCUAAUGUCAAUUUGGCGUAUUUGGGUGCCAAACCAAGAGGUAUAGCAACUGGUCUCUCACUAUCUGGUAUUCCAAUAGCUAUUAAAACAGGGUUACCGACAGCAGUACCAAUGACGUAUGCUGGUGUUCCACAGUAUAUCUAUCCGUCAACUGCCUACGUCUCAGCAACGACACCAAACAUGUUAGCGUCAAGUCUAUCGUCUGCUAUUUCACCAACAGCUGCCGGACAAUACAUUGACUAUUCAGCGUAUGCCGCUCAGUUCGCUGCCGCCAAUGCAUACGAAGCCGCUUACCAAUAUGGAACAUCUGCUAAUGCAUUCGUAACGCCCUCUGGUGCCGCAUAUACCUAUGCCAUGCCUCAGCAAAUAGCAGCUGGAACUCCAACGAUUCACUUUCAACCCCAACAGAUACAAGCAGACAGGAUGCAAUGAUGACGUCACAUAAGUAGAUACUUUUAAUAAAAUCAAACUCCGCCCAGUCACCGGACGAUUUAUAAACUUUGUAAAAUAUUUUCGAAGAGAAGAACUACAUAUUCUCGAUCUCUAUGCAAAAAACGUCUGUUAUAACGAAAGAAUCAAAGAUGUUUAAUGUAUGAAAAUGUAUAUUGUUGACUUUGAUGUAAGCUCGAUGGAUAUUUGAUUGUUGCAUUAUGGGUAAAUGAUGUAUGAAAGUGAAGAAUGGCAUACAAGUCAAUAUUGUUAAUAUUUAAUGUACAAAAAUAGGUAUAUAUUGUUUAUAAUAUUAUAAGCUUAGCAUUUUAUCGUCCAAUUUAACAGUUCACAUAUUUAAUGUUAUUAUUAUUUAUUUAUUGUUGUUAUAAUGGUUACUCCGUCCAGUGUGCUCAGCCUUGCCUUAUCAUCUUGGUCACGUGAACACUGCAAAGGACAAAUAUGGGGAGGACCAUACAAAUCUCGCUAACGUCUCACGUGACUUAUAGUUUGUCAUGACAUUUUAUGCUGGAUCGGAGGACAUUGUUAGCAUAGUCUCAUGGACAUAUUGUUAUACAAUGUUUUAUUAUGUAUUAAAGGGACCACCUCAAAAUUAUUAUCUUUAUUUUUAAGUAAUUCAAAGUGUGAAACACUUAAAGUAUAAGAAAAUUUUCCGUCCUGUGAAAAGGCGAUUUUUCUUUCUUAGUGAAUUCAGACAAAAUAUGUUGUUUUUAUUUAUUUGACACAGGAGAUUGCGGGAUUGAUGCCCUGAAAAUUGUGGCGUUAUCCAAUGAAAUUGAACGUUACAAACAGUGUUGCAUUCGAAUAUAAUUUUGAGUUGGUCCCUAGUAGUGCCCAUUUGUAAAUACUCCAUUAUUAUAUUAAAUGUUGAUAAUGUUAUUUGUUAGAAAUUAAGGAAAUGUAGACUAUGUUAGACUUAGGAAAUCAAAAUAGUCAAACCGAAAUUAAUAGAAUUUAUAAGUGCUAAAUAUUCAAAGUAGUUCUAGUAAUGUUCGCCAAUUUCCUGACAAACCUUACACUUAAUAAAAACAAGGUUACUCCAAUAUUACUCUUUUAGAUAAAGGUUUAGAACCUCAUUAAACAUUAAUCAUUUUAUUUAUUUAGUCAGAGGAUCGCUAUAGAUUCACUUCAUUUUAACUUAACGAAGUCCAAAGUAUUAUCUUUUGAAAUAAAAGAAAUCCAUUUCAUAAAUUCGUUUCGUUUUUUUUGUAUUCCAUCUUUUCGGUCGAUACGGACGUCAGAAUACAUGUUCACAUUACUGAUCAUUUAUGCAUGAGAAGUAGUACAAUAUCUGUGAUGCUAGCUAUGGGUGAUAUUGUACGUGAAAAUAUUAAUUGUAUGGGAACCAGUUUGUUACAGAAUGUAUUUAUAUGCGAAUGAAUUUGUAUGGCUUGCCAUUCAUUGUAGACAAAUAGGUCACGUGAUUAUGUGUCGUGAAGGUGUCGUCCAAUCAUUUCAUAGUAUACUAGAAUCUCGUACAUGCAUGAUAUAUCAUAUGUAAAUGUUAAAAAUCUAUGCAUUUCUUAAUUUUGGAGAACAAAUUUUAAACAUAUUUUGGCUUUAAAAGUUAAAACUGUUUACAAGAAUGAAACAUAACAAACCAAAAACAACGUUUGGAAUUUGAAAUAAUAUUGAAUUCUAGAUAUUCAAUUAUUUAUUAAAUUUUCUGGGAAAUGGUUCAAAAUCAUUACCCCUUAUGAGUUCCCCGUCCAUUUCCAUAGAUUCAGUAGUGUGUAGUUCAAUUCAUCUUUUGUAUUCGGAACGUCAAACUUAAAUUAUGUUACUUUUCUGAACAUUUUGGUUAAUUUUCGAUGCAUUCCAAAGCGUCUAAAUUUCGUUUUGUUCAAAUACUCAGGUUUUUUUGCCAGUUUCAAAAAUCAAAAUAACAUGAAAGAAUAUGGGUAUAGAACAACACUUCAUAUUUUGCAUUAAAAUCUUGAUCAAAUUCUUAUACUAUGAUUUAUUAUUUUUUAGUUGUUUUGUUAACUUUUUACAACAAAGGGUUUCAUAUUUUUUCUUACAGUUGAAGCACAAGAAUCACAUUGAAUAGUAUUUUGUACGAAACGUUCAAUUUGUAAACUUAGCCUAGCUCUGCAUUAUUGAAUAUCAUAUCAGUAUAGUGGACUUAUUAUUAGGACGGUGUACAGCCGCAUUCAAGCAUAAUCAUUAUGUUAAAAUACAAACAAUUUAUUAUGUUUAAAUAAAUUUACCUAUGUUAAAAAUCAUAAAGAAAAAAUAAAAAUUUUAAAUAGA